AUGGCCGCUGCUGCCGCAGGCGGUGGAACCACGGGAGCGGCAACCCUGCGGGCUGCUGGGCCGGUGUGCCGCUUGCGGUCCUGCUCCGCCGAGAUCGCGCCCGGCGCCGCGCGGGUGGACGCCUCCGUCGCGCAGGGCGUCAGCGCGGCUCCCGACAGCGCCGUGGCGUGGGAGGGCGGCGAGCAGCGGCUGCUGCGGCAGGCCGCCGCAACGGCGGAGAAGAGAGGCAAGUGGACGCUGGAGGCUCAGGGGGAAGCGACGCCCUACACGACCGAGUACGAGGCCUUGCGCCCGACCUACGCUCACGAGGCGGUUGCAGAGCUGGUGUCCAGAGGGAUGCUGGCCUAUGUGGUAACCCAGAACGCUGAUGGGCUUCACCAUCUCAGCGGCAUCCCUUACAGCAAGCUCUCGGACGUGCACGGUUCUGCGUUCACCGAGUACUGCUCAAAGUGCGGUGAGCGCUACGUGCGGGAAACGUACGUCCCAGAGGACAGGGCCGAGGACUUCCUCGCGGGGAGGCUGCCAGGCCCCAUGCCGCCGCACAUCAAAAGGUGUCCCGGCUGCGGCAGCAAUCACUGGACCGGCAGGAGCUGCGAGAAGUGCGGCGGAGCCCUUCGGGACACGGUGGUGAGCUUCGGAGACGGCCUCGAGGAGUGCGUGCUCAGCCCCGCGUUCGAGGCUGCCGAGGCGGCCGACGCAUGCUUGAGCCUCGGCAGCACCAUGAGUAUCGGGCCCUCCAACCAGGUUGUGAUCAUCCAGAAGGGUCCUCUCAUCGUCUGCGUCCGGCAGGACACCGAGAUGGAUCGGCUGUGUAAGCGCACCGGAGGCGUCCGCGCCUAUGGUGAUUGCGACGCUUUCAUGCGCCGUUUGAUGAGAGCGCUGCUGGGCGACGCCGACUGCGAUGCGUGGGAAGAUUCUCUAUCGAGAAAGGCGGAGAUAUAUGACAGCAAGCGCCCCACAUCUGGGAAGAAGCGAGGUGACAUCUUUGUCAAGAAGUUCUGA